AGUAGGCUACCUGUAAUAAGCUAAUCUCUUGAGCGGUUUUACUCCAGACAGAAUACAUGGACACCCAGAUCCCAUCACCUUGACAGACAACAGCUUAUGGUGACACCAGGGAAAGUUAUACUCUACAGAACAACAACAUCAUCCCAGCUCUUCUUAAACUCUUCAAAUCAAAAAAACAUAUUUUUGCAGUGAGCAGUGCUCCGCUGUAGUUCCGUAGCUCGUCAGUUGGUCCAGGAUGUCGUUCAUGAUGAAGGCCAUGUUGGGGAGUAAGUUGAAGGAUAUGACUGGAGGAGGAGGAGGAGGAGAGGUUGAGGUGCCAGCAGGCGAUGUGAAGGAGACCCCUGAGUCUAAAGGAAUGUCCAGAGAGGAGUUUGAGGACUACCAGCGACAGCUUAUAGAGGAGAAGAUGGAGAGGGACAAGGAGUUUGCCACAAAGAAGGCGGAGAGGGCCAACCUGAGGUCCUGCCUGCGGGACAAGUACCGCCUACCUGAGAGUGGCCAGGACGAAGCCAUGGUGAAGAUGGCGGGAGACGACCUGGAUCUCCCUGAGGACCUAGCCAAGAUGGUGGAUGAGGAUGAGGAGGAGGAGGCGGUGAAUGACUCACUACUAGGACAGCUACAUCAACUGCAGAACAUGGACAUGGACCAGCUGAAGACCAAAGCCCAGACCACCAUGACAGAGAUACAACAGGUGGCUGAGGAGAAGUGUGUCGUCAUGUGAAGAGUGAUCAUCAGACUUCUUCUACCCAUUGAUCUUUCUUCAGCAAUUAAGCAGUCCAUUGUGUGAACGUCUACGUCAAGUGGGAUUUACCCAAUAAGCACCAAGCCUACGUCUUUGUUAUAAUUAUACAAUAGUGCAUGUUAAUCUUCACAGAACCACCAAAUCAUUCUGUUAUUCAAUUGCCUCAGAAAAUAUGAAUUACUGAGGCGCUGUGAAAUCAUACUGUAUAUUGUUGCUAAUGACGAUCACCUCCUCUCUGUUCAACUUCCACACAGAAACAGAAUUAAUAGAAUAGACAAAGCCCCUCAGUCCACGGGUAUUUGACUGGUACACUCAAUAUGGCCGCCGGUCCACCCAUCACAAAAUGUUGACUUCAAUGGGAAUAUCUGUUCUAGUAAUUAUAUUUUUAUGCAUCCACAUCCGAAACGGUUGAAACAGAGUCCAGACUGAUUAUUUUAACUUUCACACUAAUAAUUCUAUGUUAAACUGAUUAUGGCAGUAGGCCGAGAAUGGAAAAAGACAUGUAAAGACCUUACUCUGCUUAUGUCAAUUGGCGUGAGGUCAAAAUCAAAGGAAGCAUACAUCGAUUUACAACACCUGGUUUUCUGAGCAUUCUUUCAAAUGGUUAGGACACGUAAACAGCUUAAUCGGCAUUCCAGUAGCAUUGCAGCUGUGUAUUUGAUCUGCUCAUGCACCGGUAGCGCAAGCUUCCCUCUUAUGCACGAGUUAAGUGAGUUUCGGAAAUACUGAAAGUCUGCAUCUCAGAAGUAGUUUACACAUGCAAACUUUAUAUGUACAAACUCAGAAUCAAAUAGGUUUCGAAAAAAUUACAUGGUCACUGGGGUAGAACGUUUAUUUUGAUUCACGAUUUUCUGCAUUAAUAAAAGUCUCACGAGUAAACAGGAUUAUUAGGGAAAUCGUUUAUCCUCUAUGGGAUUGGUGUCCCCCCCGCGGGAUAAUUGAGCUAACGUAGGCUAAGAAGAUUAGCAUGAGGUUGUAAGUAACAAAAAAAAUCCCAGGAGAUAGACAUAUCUGAUAUGGGCAGAAAGCUUAAAUUCUUGUUAAUCUAACUGCACUGUCCAAUUAACAGUAGCUAUUACAGUGAAAUAAUACCAUACUAUUAUUUGAGGAGAGUGCACAAUUAUGAACUUGAAAAAAUAUUAAUAAACGAAUUAAGCACAUUUGGGCAGUCUUGAUACAACAUUUUGAACAGAUGUUUUAUUGGAUCAGUCUAAAACUUUGCAUAAACACUGCUGCCAUCUAGUGGAAAAAUCGAAAUUGUGCCUGGGCUGGUAUAAUACAAUUUGGCCUUUCUCUUGCAUUUCAAAGAUGAUGGUACAAAAUAAAUAAAUAGAAAAAGCGCAUGCUUUUUUCUUUGUGUUAUCUUUUACCAGAUAUAAUGUGUUAUAUUCUCCUACAUUCAUUUCACAUUUCCACAAACUUCAAAGUGUUUCCUUUCAAAUGGUAUCAAGAAUAUACAUAUCCUUGAUUCACAUCCUGAGCUACAGGCAGUUAGAUUUGGGUAUUGCAAAGCAUGUAAACAUUUCAAACAAACUAUUAUAUUAAUCUGACUAUCCACAAUAAUGGUAUUAUUGUGUGCAUGUAACUGUACAAUACAUGAAAAUACAAAUACAUUAAACUAGAAUAAGAUGGUCUGUCUAUAGAUAAAAACAUACAUUGUCAGAUUAUUUUUACAUUUUUCUUUGUCUGCUGCGUAGUAACGAAAAAUUAAAUACAUAUUAUGAGCAAGUCUUAUUGAUUAAGUAAACCGUAUAGAGAAUCUGAAGGCUAUAUGUGUUGUCCAAAAUGUAAGGUGAAAACAGUUGUUUGCUAUAGAGGUCAGGGGUUUCAAAAAUACUGUACAUUUCCCCAUACAUACCCAUCCAAUCCGGCCUGUGGGUGGUUGGAGUUAAUUUUUUGAUUUGACCUUUAUUUAACUAGGCAAGCCAGUUAAGAACACAUUCUUAUUUACAAUGACAGCCUAGGAACAGUGGGCCUUGUUCAGG